GUACAUAGAGUUAUUGUAUUCUUGAGCGUGGGGUGCGCCGUGCGUCAAGUUUUGUAGUUUACUUGACAAUUCACAUUUUUGUAGAAACGCGAAGCUGGAAGGUCGUCAAAACUUCAACGUUGUUGAAUUUACAAAUAUUAAUUAAUAUUAUUAUUACUUUGUUAUUCCUACACCAAAGUUUUCGUUUAAAAGCAGUGGAAAUCGUGACAUUAAAAUUGAUUAAUACUUUUAAUACAAAGUCAUUAAGUGUUCUUUAAAAUGGCAUUAAAGUUUUAUGUUAUUUUUGCAUUUUUAUGUAUCGUGCCCAUAAUAUACGCUUGUAACGAAGCGAUAUGUGCAAGUGUUGUUUCCAAGUGUAUGCUUACUCAAUCUUGCAAAUGUGAUCUCAAAGAUUGUACUUGCUGUAAAGAGUGCUUUAACUGCCUCAGCACUUUGUACUAUGAAUGCUGCAGCUGUGUUGAUAUGUGUCCUAAACCAAAUGACACUCAAAUUGAGCUUUCCAAAUCAUCAUAUGUUGAGGAGUUGCCAGACAAUGUACCAGGCUUGUUUGCUGCCCUAACUGGAGAACCUGACCCUCAGCAAAGAUGGUUGUCCAUAACAUAUCCUGUAGACCUUGAUAUCUCUGCAUUCCAACCAGCUGCAGAGAGGCAGUUGGUGUAUCAUCUCCAAAGUGUGGAACAAGAUUCAGAGCCGGUUAGUCGUGAUAUUCUCACUUUUAACUGCACUGUGGCAUACAUGUCUCAAUGCAUGUCCUGCUCCAAAUGUAAGGCGUCUUGCAGAUCAAUGGGCUCAAAUAGCUUUAGAUGGUUCCACGAUGGAUGCUGCGAGUGCGUGGGCGAUAAAUGUAUAAAUUACGGGAUAAACGAGAGCAGAUGUCUGGCAUGUCCAGGUGGUCUAGAGACUCCAGAGACAGCGGUAGAUGACGACCUCAGUUACGACGAUCUCGACUAUGGAGAGGAAGUCGACGCCCAAUCUGUUUGAAGUAUCAAUUAAGCUAAUAAAUAGAGAGCUUUAAUUUUACCGUGACCUAUUUAGCCAUUCACAAGAUAUACUUACGUAUUAUUUACGAAUAUGAGACAAGAAGAAAUGACGUCUUUAAUAUUUUUUAGAUUAUUUUUAAAAUUACAAUGUAAUGAGCCAUGUUUCUGUGCGAGCUAACAGUUUCAUCUUUCAAGAAAAGGGCGUACUAAUUCUUAAAUGGCAAGGCAAUUCGAGCCUUUUGUCAAUGUGUGUGUGUGGGCGUCGGUAUCACUUAACAUCAGGUUUACUCCGUUCUAUGAAGAUAAUGGUUAUAAGAUGGAAAGAUUAGUUCGCGCGACGACUGGGAUCUGAAAUCCCUUGUACCGUUUCCCUCUUUCAUCACAGCGUAUACACAACUUGAUAGAAAGAGACGAAAGAGUACUGGGGGACUCUGCAAUUAGGCUUUUUCUGUACGGAGACGUAUCUGAUAAUUAAUUGCCCGUACUAUAAACAAACUCAAAAUUGGUAAUGCUAAUGAAAGCUGUCAAACCCUCUUUUAUUUAUAAAGUUAGACAUAUUUACCAGUACUCAAAAAGAGAUUGUGACUCAAGAUAUACGAUUUAAAACAUGGGCCGUAGUGUUUUUGAAUAAAGCUCCAGAAAUCAGAAAGUGUUAGUGUAAAAUAUUUUUUCUAAAAUGUAAUUUUGACGUUCACGAUGAGAUUAUUACUUCCAUAUGGUCCAAAUUUUUAUACUCAAUAAUCACAAAUCCAGUUAUUAUGUUAAUUUAUAGAUAUAAGUUAAAAUCAAGAGAUUCGGAACAAACUCUUUACUUGUAUUAUUAAUAUUUAACUUUUAAUAAGUACUUCGAAGCGUAGAAUAGAUGUAAUGUAAUAUAAUGACUUUUGUCGAUUGACUCCCAACAUUUAAUACACAUGACAAAUAUAUAAGGAAUGAUUUCAUUAUCAUGUAACACAUUUAUUUCCAUUACCCGUCCAGCCGCAUUUACCCAUUUCGCUAUUUGAGAAGAUUAAAAACCAUUUCAUAUUAUUCAUUAGAGACUGUGGAACCUUAAUUAUUCUGUUAAUUGUUAGCUUUAAUGUCUAAUGUCAGAAAAACCCCGCCAAAACGUUACUCUAUGCAAAAUGGUGUCGCACUCUGCUGUAACAAAAGUUAAGCGUUUUACGUGUCAAUUGUCAUUCUUUAAUCACACGAAUACACUUAUAUUUCGAUAUAAAAGUCUCCAAAAUUAAAGCCCAAUGUAAUUUAGAUAAGUGAAGACAUUAUUCACUAACUACUAAAUCUAAUCUAUGGACGUUUUGUGUCACGUGACUGACGGAUAAAAACCCUUCACUUGUCUCACCCCAGAGGGCACCAAAGUACUUUCUAUGUGCGCAUUUAACGUGUAUCAGGCACAGAAAGCUGAUCGGUUGUCUAUUAAUAUAAAUGAUCACGAAAAGAUACAGAAAAGAACACAGAAAAAAGGUCGAGCCACUGGUUUAGAUCACACAUAUUUAGCUUUAACAAUAAUACCAGGACUCUAAUACUUUAAAAGUAUUAACAUGGAGUCCGUAAAAUCGCUAGUUGAAAGAUGUAUAUUUUGGUUUGUUACAACUGACGUAACGCUGGCAAUAUUUUUUUUUAAUAUCCACUUCAUUCAUAAAAGCUUAAUCAGACUCAUUGCACGCUUAAAUAAAGCACUCUUUCUCAUUCUGACAUUGUGUUGACGCUGUGAAGAAGAGAUUUGAGUUCUUUACUUAAAAUCGUGCAAUACGCUAAUUUAUUUAAGAAUAAGAGAUGUUUAAAUAUAAUUUAUUAUUGAUUUUAACCUAAAUUAAGUCGACAUUAAAUCUCAAAUAUUUAAUUUAAAAAUUCAGAAAUGUUAUUAAUAUUUAUUAUAAAACAUAUAGGAAAUAAUAAUUUGUUGCACCAUGAAAUCAACUCUGAUUGUGUGUGGGUGUGUGUGUGGUGAUUCAGGUGUCUAUGGGCGGCGGUUAUGACUUUAUUCAAAAAUCCAAUUAGUAUUUUGCCUCCUAUCCCAUAAAAAAGUGAUCCUUCUUGAAACUUGACGUUUAAAAGCCAUUUUGCCAAUACUUAUAUAUAUUUUUUGUAAGAGAAAAUAUUGCUAUUACUAAUACAAAACAAAGAAUCUAAAGAAUGUCUAAGUAUCUGUUAUACCGGUUUUAAUACGAAACGUAAUUAUUAAAUAAAAUUUUUACGAUGUUUUAGUCAUGUGUAAUUGAUGUAAUUUGAUAAAUAAAUUUAUUAUUAAGUUAGCAAAUUUCCGUCCGUGAAUUAAUCUUAGUGUUAAGUAAUAUAUUUUUUUAAAGCGAGAUUCUAAUCUCCAAGUGCCAAUUGUCAUGUACAAAUUAUUGCCAUUUAAAAAUCAUAAAUAUUGCAAUAUGCAAUAAGUGCCUUAUUAGUUUACCUUUGUAUAUGACGUAAUAAAUCGUUUGUAAUCA